AUGGAAGGGGAUGUUGACGACGGCGGAGUUCAAGUUGUUGAAGCCGAUGAUUUCCAGGGUCGGAGUGUGGGUUCCGCUCCUUCCAUUGCGGAAUAUUCGGGUCACGUGGGAUCACCUCUAGGCCAUCAUUAUCCUGGCAAUAACGACGGUCAAGGUGGCACCUGGCGUUGGCGUAGGCGCAGUUCUCAGCGCCCGGUGCAAGUUCCAGCCGUACCAGCCGUACGGGGCCAAGGUCAAGGCCAAGGACUAGGCCCAGUUGCUGUAGCCCCAGAUUCGAUACCUUUCGCCCAAUUCGCGUCACCAUUAGCAGUUCGCGCUCACAAUCACAUCCACCCUCAUUCUCAUCCUCAAACGCACCUUCAGUCUCAGGCUUAUACUCAUCCUCAGACACCAAUCACACACCACAUUCAACUCCCCUUACACAAUCAGCAGAUACUUUUCUCUCAUCAUUCACAUCCUCAAUCGCCCCUUGCCGGAAAUCCCGCCCCAGUCAAUGGCCAUUUUGGCGCAAUGGAGCAGAUUGAGACACAAGCAAGCGACUUGCGAUUCCUUACCCAAGUACCGGUUUUGAAUCCUACUUCAAGCCCGUCUCUCGGCCCCGGUUCCGGCGCCGGACGAGGUGGAACUCCUGCCCGGACCCCCGGAAGCGCCGUAGGAGCAUCUGCGGGUGCAGCUGUUGCUUACGAGAAUCAACCAAGCCCAAGUUCCGCCUCUGUCGGGGACAAUUCCGCCCACGGUGCGACAACGAAUCGGUGCGGCAACCUCAACCUCGCUUGCCUGUAUGCGCCCAACUGCUGUUCCGGAAACUUCAAAGAAUCAGACGAGUUCAAGCAGAUGACAGCGCAGCUUGGCCGGCUUCAAGAAGAGGUUGGUUGGCUGCACCAGACAGUCAAGACCAUGCAGACCGAACCUGCACGUUUCUCUUCGGGUGGCGAUCGAGUAAUGUCACAUGGUCAUGGCACGCCAACAAUUGCGCCUUCACCGUCCCAUAGCUCCGCUUCGUUCAAUCGUAAUGAUGGUUCAAAGUAUGGUUCUUUCCGUGGCCCUACGAGCAUGGCCUUUAGUCUGGAUGUUGCCAACAACACCAUCAACAACAUGGGGUACAAGGGUAUCUCUGACGAAGAGAACGUACAUAUGAAUGAAGGAGCGGGCACGAUGUCCUCACGCCCAGGAGAUCCCCUCCACGAAUUCGAUAAGGACGAGAUGGUCCGUCUGUGCCGCUUGCACGAGGAAGAGAUCGGCAUCAUGUAUCCGGUGCUGAAUAUCCAAACUGUCAUAUCUCAUGCCAAGGGUCUAUCGACUUAUCUCGAAUCAGUCCGACAACAAAAUCCCCGAGAGCUUAUCAAUGACGACAAAACUCUACAACUUAAGAUUAUCAUGUGCUGUGCGCUAGUGGUAGAAGACCACGGACAUAGCGAUAAGGCAAUUCGCUUGUUCGACAGCAUGGAGACAGUACUUAACCGAAAGCUCAUGGCUGAAGCUGCUGAUGUCGGAACGCUACCAAUAUUGGCCCUUGUCGCUGGCUACCGAUUCCUGUCCAACGACGAAAUUCUGGCGUGGCGCGUUAUGGGUCACGUUGCCAGGUUAUGCUUGGAGCUUGGUAUCCAUCAGAGAACGGGUCUGAUGAGGAUCCAGGAUGAAGAGGAGCGAAAGAAUGCUCUGGUUAGCUUCUGGUCAGCCUAUGUCCUAGACAGAAGGUGGGCUUUUGCAACCGGACUUCCUUUCGUCGUUCAAGAUGAGGAGAUUGAUUCACAGCUCCCGUUCCCUGAGGAAUACCCAUACCUCGUCGCCAUGAUCACCUACUCCCGUAUAGGCGCAAAGGUGUGGCGGCAGGUCGCUCAUUUCGGUCCAAUCCUUGCCCGUGAUGUAAGGUCCGAGGAGCUGGAAAACGUUGACCAAGAGCUGCUGCAGUGGUAUGAGCAGAUUCCCGAAGAGGUUAAAGUCCGCAACUGGGACAAAGAGAAGCACAUUACCUCAACGCCAUCCUAUAAUCUCCAACGGUUGCGAAUCUGGACAUAUUUGCGUUUGAAUCAAAUGCGAAUCUGGCUUUACACACCUGUCCUGCAUAGCGCUACAAGCAUCAUGGCGCACCCUGCGCAGUCAGAGCGCGUUGUCGACAUUGCAAAAGACACCAUCCGCUACCUCAGCCAUUUAAAUAACACGACCAACCUGUACAGGCGUGUGCAGGUCUUUUAUCACCAAUUUCUUACAUCAGCCAUUGCCGUCGUCUUCCUCGCGUCCGUCCAUGCUCCGGUACGCUUCAGUUCUAAUUGUCGCGAAGAAUUCUAUAUGGCCCUGGAACUAGUCAAGGACCUAUCUGCCAAGAGUUGGGCAUCACAGAGGCUAUGGAGGACAAUCCGCUCGCUCAAAGAUGUGGCACCACGUUUCGGACUGAACCCCGAAGAUGAUCCUCAGUCGACAGCUGCGUUAGGGAUGAUAGGACUCGCACGAGGUCAUAUGGAUCAACAGCAGGGCUUCCGCAAGCCCUCAGUGCCAGGCCAACAGUCUUCAUCAACAUCAGACUCGGUGGCUCAGAACGGAUCGCGUAUCCAGGCUGAGAUGUCUCGUAUGUUUGAGGGCUAUGUGGGUUUGAACGGCUUCCAGUACAACGAGAACGAAGGCCAAGGGCAGGGCCAAGGACAAACCUCGAACCCGGAGGUAUCUGACCCGCAGAGUGGCAUGUAUGGACUCGAUGGCACCGUCUUCGCACAAUUUAAGGAGAUGUAUUGA